AUGAGCGUGGAAAUUGCAUUGGCGGCAGCGGUGGUGCUGAUGGCCACGGGGAUUAUCGCCCCGUUGUCUCAGUGGUAUAAGAGCCACACAACCUCGCUGGUAGCUGGCAUCUCGCCGUGGUUCUUCCGUCUCUGGCUUAUGGGCGACGCCUUUGCCCUCAUUGCAGCCAUUGAAAGUCAGGCACCGUUGUUUGUGGUGGCUUUUUUCGUCUAUCUUUGCAUUGUUGAUGCGGGGCUUGUCGCCCAGUGGUUUAAGAUGAAUCACUCAAAUAUCGUGACUAAAGUGUCGCCGGUGGUGGCGUCAGUGGUGUUUGCUUCACGAGUACAAGCGGCUCCUGUGUAUCCUGGACUAUUACAAGAUCGUGACGCCCCCAUAACGGUACUCGUAUGGUUAUGGGCAGGGUGCCAUGUGCUUGCGUGGGCCCUUCAAAUACGUCGCAACCAAGUGCUUCAACUGGUGCUGGAUAUGCUGGUGACGUUUGUGCUUUUACUGGUCGUUUCCAGAGCCUCGUGGCUCGUAGCCGAAGGGUUCGGCUUGCCGUCGCCUAUAGCAUUUUCAGUGAUGACAAUCAUCUCGCUUAUGCUAGCCCUUGUCGCUGGCUACCAGAUCCAUCAAUUCGACCAUUACGUGGCAGCACCGCAGCCAGUAUCGCUGAAUACUAGUGACUGGUACCCGUUUGAAGUGCAGGCUCCUGCCGUCGAAGACCUGUGCCCUCUGGAAACGACACUGUUGUUAGCACCAGCUCCCGUGGUCCCUAAGUGGAUUGGACACCGCAAUUCGUGGGCUAACUACACCACUAGCCCCCCACCGUCGCACUACGUGUCUCGUUCGGUAACUACUUAUAGCUACCACGAGCCGCGCCUGGCCCUUGAAUCGACUCUGCAUAAAGCAGCCUUCCCUCACGACCCUACCCUCAUCCCCCUGUUGAUCGGCACUUACUCACUGGUGCUGAAGAAGAUGAUGGAGUCCAAGACCCCGUUUACCCCGCACGACUUUUUAAGUGACGACUUCAUGAAUACGAACCGCCAUUAG